ACAACAGAAUGGUGGAUCCAAGCUAUAAAGCUGGAAAUCCACCGCACCCCUGUUUUUUCGCUGUGUUUGUUUGAGCUGGGAUUUUUAUUUGCACUCUGAGGCGCAGUAGGUUCAGGGAGGCCAAGGACACUGCUGGCUGGAGGCUGCGCCCUUCAGCUGAGAAACCAUCCCAAGAAGUUGCAGGCAGCUCCUGUUUGUGAGAACCAAGCUGCGGGCCCUUAAAAAGCAGCUGGCGAGGCCCGAAGGAACACCACCAGUUGUAUGGUUAUGUUGAACAAUUUAGAUCUUCAACUUGAACGAAACAGCAUGGAACGCCAUGUCCCUGUCCACCCUUUACCUGAAGAGAUCCAACAGAUGUCGCAGGAUGAGACAGUUUGCAAAUAUUGUGGUGUCAGUUAUCUAAUACAUCGUGAAUUCAAAUUAAUGGAAGAAAAACUGAAAGGAAUGGAAGCAGAAAUGGAGUUUUACCGUGAAAGCGUUGAACGUGUAAAAAAGUUGCAAAGAGAGCUUUGUUCAAUGAAACAGCACAUGGAACAGCUGAAAAAUGAUAAUCAACAGAAGAAGGAAAGUUUGAAUUUCUUGAGUUUAGAACUUGCAACUAAGCAGAAAGAAUUGGAGGGCAUGAAUUUGAAAAUGGAAGACAAUUGGAGUCAGCUAAUAGUAGUUCAGAACACAUCAAAACUUUGCAGGGAAAGAACAAAACAACAAGCACACAUCAUAGAGCAGACAUCCACUUUCCUUCAGGGGAUAAAGAUUGAACUGGCAGUGCUUAGAGAAGAUGUGCGAAGCAACUUGGCAAUAUGGGAACCUUUCAGCAAAGCACUGACACAAUGCCUGGAGGCCACUGGAGAUGCUGUACAGAUGGAAAUACUUGGAUUGCAAGAAGGUCUUAAGAAAUCCAAUCAAGAGGUAGAAUUCCUUCAACAGCAAGCACGAGAGCUACAGCUUUCUUCAAACAUGAUUGCACUACAAAUUGAUCAAAUUCAUGUUUUGGAACAGAAAGAAGCUGAACUCCAAAUCAAAUGUUGUAAAUCGGAGAAACAGGUAUUUGAUCUCGAAAACCAGCUUAUGACUCAGCAGCUUAAUUUUCAAAAGGUUACAGAAGAAUUGGAACACUGCAAGGAGUUGUUACUGAAUAAAUCAAAGGAAGUGGAAGAUCUUCUCUCAAAGCUAACAAAACUGGAGUAUGUACAUAAUGAGAGGGAAUCCAGGUAUUGCAAAGAGAUUGAAGAAAAAGAGAAACAAUGGCUACGUUGUGAACAAAAGUGUAAGAGUUUAGAAGAACAGCUAGAAAUCAAAGUUUGCCAGGAGUCAAAACUACAAGACCGAUCAUCAGUCUCUCAAAAUGAAAUACUGACUCUAAAAACUGCCCUAAGUCAGGCAGAAGAGAAGCUGGAAGCAUUGAAACAAGAAAGGGAACAGAUGGUGGUUUCACAUCAGAACAGGAUUAAACAGCUUCAAGAACAUCUUCAACAGAUGUUAGGUGAUGAAGAUAGCUGGAGGGCGAAAAUAGAUACGGAGUUAUCCAAGCAACAGGCUCAUCACUACACAGAGCUUAAGGAAUUAGCACUUCAGAUGAAGGAAGAAGCAAAGAUUGAAAUUGAUACAGAAAGACAAAAACAGCAAGAACUAAUAAAUAAACACAAUGAAGAGCGCAAGACACUACAGGCACAGGUUUCUGACUUAAUCAGUGAUGCUACCAAAGCAUUACAGUUGGAAGUGAGCAAACUGAAGAAAGAGCUUCAAGACAUUCAAUGCCGUUCAAUAGAGAGUGGACAUUCUAAAGAUUGUAAAAUCUAUAACUUGGAAAAGGUAAUCUCCCAGCUCGAGACACAGCUAAAACAAGAACAGGACAAAAUGGAAUCCAUAACUGAGGAACUGAGGAGUGAAAUACAGCAGAAAUCAUUUGAGUUAAGAGAAACACAGCAGGAGGUACAGCAGCUAAAACGUGAACUGGACCAGGCCAAAGCAGAGAAUACAUUUCUUGAAGAAACAGUGCGAAGAGAAUGUGAGGAACGCUAUGAACUCACUGAGGCUCUUAGCCAGGCCCGAGAACAAUUGAUGGAACUAAAGAGACUCAGUAGAGAACAUCCACAUUCUCAAUGUUCAAUUAGCCAAGGAAGUCUGAAUUCAUCCUCUUCAUCUGCAGGGAGCUAUAAGAUCCAAAGAAGCCUGUCUAACAGUAGCAGAACUAAACUCAGUGGCUUACAUGGGCUACCAGUGAAUGCCAAUGCCUCAAACAAUGCUGGAACCAAUGCUUUACCAAUCAUACCAAUGCCACAACCAUCAAAAGGGAGAGCUUCAUCUGUAAGUGAAAUCAAACAGAGGAUUGCAGCUGCUGUAAGAAGAAAGUAG